AUGGAAGUUUGCGGUACAGAAGUGGUUGGGAAUUCGGACAUUGAAGACGGAAAUACCUACAAACUCCAGGAGAGAGCAGAGAAGAAACCGCCGUGUGUGCAGGAGAGCGCGAAAAGCACCGGGUCGUCGGCACAAGCGGGUCUGCCGGGUGAAGGUGACGAAUUGGAGGAACUUUAUGAAAAUAGGAAAGCAGCAGUGCCUGCCCCUGUGGUGGUUGAACAGAAAGACCGCGACUUUCUGGCAACACAAGAUGCGAUCAAAAAUGCCACAGCUCAACCGUUCUAUGAAAUGGACAUCGCCCCUGCGGAUGAAGAACACGAACAACCAUUUUACAAGAUGGACGUCACCAAUGCCAAAGACACAGAGAAGCAAGGACAGCCCUUUUACGAGAUGAAAGUCGCCUCAGCUGAUGCGGUUCGACCGAAGGAGAAGCCACGUCCGCCCGCCGAUGUCUCCUGCCGCCCGCCGGACACGCUGUACGUCAGACGGGUAGGACUGAGGUUCUGGUGCACCAAACGGAUCCUUGACUGGCAGAGACAGGCGCUACGUGCGCGGGAGGACCCGGAAGCGGUUUUGAAGCCUGUCAGAAAAUAUGGGGAGGAGUCUGUCUUGCAAAACAGUGAAAACGGCGAAAUAGGAUCGAAAGGAGAUAACGAGAACGAGAAAGAAGGCCGACAUUACGAGAACGAGAAAGAACACAGACAUUACGAGAAUGAUAGAGAACACGGACAUUAUGAGAACGAGAAAGAACACGGGCAUUACGAGAAUGAUAGAGAACACGGACAUUAUGAGAACGAUGAAGAACACAAAUAUUACCGACGGACUAUGUUGGUCACUAGGGGUUGGAGAUCUCUGGUGUUUUCCGCUAUGUCGCAGUGUCGUCUGCAAAGUCAAGUGCCUGCCCCUGUGGUGGUUGAACAGAAAGACCGCGACUUUCUGGCAACACAAGAUGCGAUCAAAAAUGCCACAGCUCAACCGUUCUAUGAAAUGGACAUCACCCCUGCGGAUGAAGAACACGAACAACCAUUUUACAAGAUGGACGUCACCAAUGCCAAAGACACAGAGAAGCAAGGACAGCCCUUUUACGAGAUGAAAGUCGCCUCAGCUGAUGCGGUUCGACCGAAGGAGAAGCCACGUCCGCCCGCCGAUGUCUCCUGCCGCCCGCCGGACACGCUGUACGUCAGACGGGUAGGACUGAGGUUCUGGUGCACCAAACGGAUCCUCGACUGGCAGAGACAGGCGCUGCGUGCUCGGGAGGACCCGGAAGCGGUUUUGAAGCCUGUCAGAGAAUAUGGCGAGGAGUCUGUCUUGCAAAACAGUGAAAACGGCGAGAAUGAUAGAGAACACGGGCAUUAUGAGAACGAGAAAGAACACGGGCAUUACGAGAAUGAUAGAGAACACGGACAUUAUGAGAACGAUGAAGAACACAAAUAUUACCAGUACGAUAAAAAUCACGCUCAUUACGAGAACGACAAGCAUUACGAAAAUGAUAGAGAACACAGGCAUUAUGAGAACGAUGAAGAACACAAAUAUUACCAGUACGAUAAAAACCACGCACGCUACGAGAACGACGAGGAACAUUCAAACUUGUCGACGCACGUUUAUGCCGAUUUGGACCCCGACUUUCUGGCAGCACAAGAUGCGAUCAAAGAUGCCACAGCGCAACCAUUUUAUGAGAUGGACAUCACCCCUGCAUGUGAAGAACAAGAACAACCCUUCUACAAGAUGGACAUCACCGAUGCCAAAGACAAACAACAAGAACAGCCCUUUUACGAGAUGAAUGUCGCCCCAGCCGAUGACAACAGUGAACAGUCUUACUACAGGAUGGACGCCGAUCAACUGGGCCAGCCGACUCCGUCAGAGAACGCGUACGAAGAUUUAGACCCCGACUUUCUCGCAGCACAAGACGCGGUGGACAGGAGGCACGGCGCCAAGGAACCGAGCAGGGGUGACGACGACCAGAGGAGUAGUCAGAACUGCCGCCUGUUCUGCAGGUCACGUCCCGGGCGCAUGGUGGCGCUUUGUGUCGGUCUCAUCAUAUUUGCUGGUAUUGCUGCAACUACAGUCGCCCUAAUCCUCAACACACACGGUGUACUGAGUGUCCACCCUGACGAAGACAAUGUGGUAAACCAGUCAUCACUUCCAGUGACCAUCUCAACAUCGUCUGCACUUCUGACUGUGACGUCACAAGCUACUUCUGAGACAACAGAAGCCACAGAUUGGUGGAGAGACUGGACCCUCUAUGUCAGAGCGUACUUCCAGCAGAACAGGGACACCGCCGCGGGUUUGGAAGAACGUUAUCCCGACAAUGAGGUUGUGAAGGUCCUACUGGAAGACAGGUUCUUCUGGCCUUUUGUGUGUCAGUACUGGAAAAUUUACAAUGAUCUCCCACACACCCUGGACAGAGUUAUAGGCUACGGCAUAGAAUACGGCAUCACAAGUGACUAUAUGGAGUCACAUGGUCUAUCCGCAUACAGCGAGUUCUUUUCUUCCAUGUUGAACGCGUUGCAGGUACUAGAGAACAAGACGGAAGGACUUCUGAAUACUAGUAAUAGCAACACAAUGCUGUCACUAAGUAGGCAUGUAUUUUUGGACACUGAUGUUGAGGCCCUGGUAAACCUUUUCCCAUACCUGGAAGGAAUCACAGACUUCCAUCUCAUCAACUGCAGAAUUUCUCCCGACGCAGCAACAUUAUUGGCUGGACAGCUACACUGGCUGCACAGGCUGACAAAGCUGAAUCUGAUGUAUAACAAGAUAGGAGAUGAAGGGCUGGAAGCAAUCGCAGAGACCUUUCCUCACUUGAAAGAGCUCCGACUUCUAAACAUCGCCAGGAACUCAGUAACGCACGUGGGGGGACGGGCCAUGGCCAGAAGCCUGGUGCACCUGCAGCAGCUACAGGAACUCUACAUACAGGAAAACGAGCUGGCGCUCAGUGUCUCUGCGCUGGCAAAGGCGUUUGCCAACAUGACGCGACUGGAACAUGUCUUCAUGUGGCCUGUUUCGUGCAGGUCCCUUCCCGAGGCGGCGGAACAGGUACGAGACGCUGUCCACACGCUCGCGGGGCAGGUGAAACUUCGCGGGGGAACUCCGUUGUAUGACGGGUCUAGUAACACAGGCGGUACACAGCAGGGAGUGGACGCAGCAUGGCGACGAGUUAAAGAUAAACUAACAUCAGGAGUAGUCAUAUCAAAUAGGCAGCUGAAGGUAGAAAUCAAGCUGUUGGUCCUAGGUGCUGGACGCUAUCCACCCAGAGGCUAA